AUGCACUGCGCGCAGGGGCGACAAGGUGGCGAGCAGGCUCAGCGGCAGCGGCUGAGGGAGGUGGCAGAGUGGACUUGCGAGGAUGUGGCAAAGUGGCUGCAGCGCGUCGUGCUGCUGCCGCACCAGCAGCGCGAUGCCAAGGAGCUGCAGACGGCCGUGAGCGAGCAGGCCAUCGACGGGGCGGCCCUGCUUCUCCUCGAGCCCCACGAUCUUGCCUCCCUCGGGAUCACGAAAGUGGGGCACAGGAAAAAGAUCGAAGCGGCGUUGGCGGCGCUUCGCUGCUCGUUCGCUGCCGAGCUCGCCGUCGGCGACCACGCGGAAGCGAAGAGCCCGCCGGCCGCUACUGCAGACAGCGGAGCCGAGACAGCGACCACCCACGCUGACGAUGACGCCAGCGGCGGGGCCGUGCGCGAGGUGCGCGACGCUGUGGCGGUUAUGCUGCGGCGCAGCCCGUGGGUGGAGUGCCUGCUUAAGGAGACGGUCGUGCUGGCGGUGCUGCGCGGCUGUCUGCUCCCCGCCUCCACCGAGGCCGCCGCUGCCGUCGGGUUUCGCAACGACGAAGAGUUCCUGGAGUGGGUCGAGGCGCUGUUCCUGCUGCAGCGCCUGCGCGUGGACUGCCGCGAGGAGCUGCGCAAGGGACUCUUGGCCCACUCAAGCUUUACGAUGAGAGCCCAACAUGUGGACGCGAUGCUGGACGACGUGCAAGCGCUGCACGAGCGUUUGGAGCGAUUGUGCGAGGUACGGCUCAGCAAGUGCCCGCAGCCGCCCCGCCUGCUCCGCCUGGCCACGAAGCUGGAGCUGUCCGCGAAGGAGCUCAAGGCGCUCGAGUACAUACUGCUGUGCAACAUCGGGAAGGACUUCCCGCCGCCCACGGCCCUCAACUCCAACCUCGACAACCGCAACCUGGCCCACAAAGUGGGCGUCUACGCCCAGAUGAACAACCGCGAGCUCCUCGACUUCUUUCGUCCCACGAGGCUUCACAUGAAGCAGGGCCUCUUCGAGGUGGACGACGAGUACUCGACGCAGUUCAACAGCCACUUCCUCGUGAUGUCGCCCGAGGUGAUGCGCGCCCUCUCCGGCUGCUCCCUCUCCACCGACGAGUUCUUCAAGAUUGACAAGACCGCGCUGGCCGAGGUUCUGAUGGAGGAGCCAAACUUUUGCAAGGAAAAGGAGCCAACGUUGACCCCGAAGACGCAGGAGUCCGGCCGGCGGAAGAAGAUGAAGAAAAAGAAGAAAGAAAAGAGCGGCGCCACGGCAGAAGAAGAAGAAGAGGCAGAAGGCGACCAGAAAGAAUUCGACCUUGAGGCGCUGCUCAAGGAGGCGGGGAUCGAGGGCGUCGACGGUGACGACGAUGAAGGCGGCGACGGAGAAGAUGAAAGCGAGGAGGGACUGGGUGGAGGCGAGGGAGGCGAAGGAAGCGAUGAAGACCACCCCGCGGCGAGCGACGGUGAAGCUCCAGAGGGAGAUGACGAUUCAGGCGACACAUUUAGCAUCAAACCCUACACAACCGACCUCGAGUAUUUAGAAGAUCAAUUCUCGCUCAUCGAAACGCGGCUGCGGAUGAAGAAGGUCGACUCGGAGGAGGACACGAGCUUCCGGGCCGACCAGCGCAAGCCUGAGUCCAUCUUGCGCGAGCUCAGGGCCAAGGCGCGCAGUAUUGAGGCGAAGAUCGAGAAGCGGCUGGCCGUGACGCUCAUGAACGCCGAGUGGCUGCCCAGGAUCGAACAGCUGGUGCAGCUCCGGGGACUCGACACCUUCGAGAAGCAGGUCCUGCUGACGUUGAUCGCGGGCAUGAUCUCGACCAACGUGCGCAAGGCCUCCUCUCGGCGCGAUGAUCCCAUCUUCCGCCAGAGCUUCGACGUGGGUACGUUGCUGGGGCUGUUCUGCGACGGCCUGGAGCAGCAGAUCCAGUACCGCACCUACUUCUACAAGAGCUCGCGCAUGAUACGCGAGGGAAUCAUUUCGCUUUCAGAUCCGCCGUUCAGGAAGGGCUCCGACCUGCUCGACUCCAGCGUGGAGAUCGACCGCCGUUUGCUGGACUACAUCGUGGGGCUCGACACCGAGCUGUCCGAGCUCGUCGAUGGGAGCGACCUCUUCUCGCCCAAGGUCAAGCUGGACCAGGUGGUCCUUCCCGCAGAUCAAAAGAGGCUCAUACUCGACACCAUCAACAACUUUGAGGCAUUCAAGGAAUGCUGCAAGGCCAAGGGCCUGGAGGACAGGCUCACCUAUGGCACCGGCGUGUGCAUGCUGUUCUUCGGACCCAGCGGCACGGGCAAGACCAUGAAGAAGCUGCUGGUGGUCAACUUCCCCUCGCUGGGGACCAAGAACAUGAGCGAGCUCAUGCGCCUCAUUUUCCGCGAGGCCAAGCUCUACGACGCCAUCAUCUUCUUCGAUGAGUGCGAGUCACUGUUCGAGAGCAGGAACCAGUCCAAGUCGGUGGACCUCACGUCCCUCCUGACCGAGAUCGAGCACUACGACGGCCUCGUCGUCAUGGCGACCAAUCGGCCCUACGACUUGGACGAGGCCAUGUACCGGCGAAUCAACCUGGCGAUCGAGUUCAAGCUGCCCGACUUCAACCUGCGCCGGGAGAUCUGGCGGUCGCACUUGCCGCCGGACAUCGCCGUGGCUGCGGACGUCGAGUGGACCAAGCUGGCGAUGAACUUUGAACUCGCCGGCGGGUUCAUCAAGAACGCGAUCCUCUCGGCGCUGACCUUCGCCAUUGCACGGAACGGCGAGGACAUCUGCAUUCAGCAGCAGGACCUCGAAAAAGGAGCCAAACUCCAACUCCGCGGCCAUUUGCAGAUGGUCGACUUUGAACAGCGCGUUGUGCCCAAGAAGGGUGUGGAGGACAUGGUGCUCACCAAGCAGCAGCAAGGCUGCAUCAGCGACAUCAUCUCCUUUGAAAAGGCUCGCAAGGUCCUUUUUGGCCAUUGGGGCUUUGAGAGUCAGAUGCAACAGGGCACCGUAGUGCUGUUCUCGGGCGACCACCCUGGGGCGGGCAAGCGCACCGCUGCCGAGGCACUGGGUCCGUUCUCAUCGCCGUUCGCGGACUCGUCAUAA